AUGUCAAGCACAAAGGAUGAAAGCCCAGAUUGGAGGGAGGCUAAAAGUUUGUCGGAAUGUCUGAUGUACACAUUUAAAAGUGAAAUUAAGUGUGAUGUCACUUUCAGGAUAGGGGAAGACAAAACUAUAGUGAAGGCGCACAAGUAUAUUUUGUCAACUCGCAGCCAAGUGUUUCAUACAAUGUUUGAAGGGCCAAUGUCAGAGACAGGAGAUAUAGAUAUACCAGACAUUGAUACAAAUACGUUUGACCUGAUUUUAGAAUAUAUUUAUACUGACAGCAGCAGCAAUAUAUCACACGAGAAUGUUGAGAAUGUCCUUUACGCUGCCGAGAAGUACAUGCUAACGAAUUUGAAAAAGGCCUGUGAAACAUUCCUCAAGAAAAGCCUUUCAUCUGACGUUGCUGCAAAAUACCUUGAUACGGCUUACCAAUAUCAUAUGGACGAACUCAAGAAACUUUGCGUAUCAUACCUAAAGGAAAAUACCAGAAACUGUUUACAAUCAGAUUACGCAGCGAAGCUUCCAACGGAAUGUAUUGAAAUCAUCCUGAUGUCGGAUUAUCUUACUUGUUCCGAAACUGAACUUUGCAUGUUUUUUAUGAGAUGGAUGGAAAUGCAAUGUCAGAUAAAUAACCGUGAAACCAACGGAGAAAACAUGCGAGAAAUGGCCACUAAAUUGCUGUAUUUAGUUAGAUUUCCGGAAGUUGAUAUGAUGUAUUUUUCUGAGAAUGUUUCCAAAUCAGGUGUUCUGAAUUCUGAUGAGAUAAUAUCAAUUUAUCAAUCUCAUUUUGGAGAAAAGAAUGAUUUGUUUCCCAAUCAGCCAAGAGGUCCCUACGGAAAAAAGCAAUUUAGAAGCAUCACAAACCGAUUUAGUGAUAUGCAUUUGAAAAGAUCAACUAAAGGAUUACAUGCGUUAUCCUUCUAUACAAGUAGAGAUGUAUGGUUAACUGGUGUGGUAAUAGGGUGCCCGUUCGUCGAUUGGAGAAAACAAUCAGUCUCAUCUUGUGCACUAAAAGCUGAACUCAAAGUACUUUCGAAUAUCAACAGUCAUGUUGCCAGUUCAUUGAAAAAGUUUCAGUUGGCUAAAGAGAACGGCGAGAUGUAUGGUAAAUGUUACGAUAUGAUUCUUAGUAACAAGCUUAGGAUUCCUGCUAACCAGUUAUUUACAUGCACUUUAACGAUGGAAAUGGUGAAAACUAAUUCUGUGGAAUAUUUCUGUUAUGUUGGAACUGGUGGUGCUCCACAGACUAUUAGCGACGGUGUAAUAGUCAUUUUUCAAAAUUCGCCAAGAUCCAAUGCCGACACAGACAUUCGACAGGGUCAGUUUGCCGGAUUAAUAUUCGACAUUUGUUGUUUAAAGGAAAAUUAA